GAUAUUCUUCACAAGAUAACGGUGUUGAUGAUGAGUACUUGAAUGAAUCUUAUCAUUCUAAAAAAAGAUUUUUUUGGACUAAAUCACUUCAAAUUCAAUUCAGAGAACAAUUUGAAAAAUUAAUAAUUUUGGACUAUUUAAUGAGAAAUACUGAUCGAGGAUUAGAUAAUUGGAUGGUCAAGUAUUGUGAUAAAGAUGAAAAUGAUUGUAUUAUUACAUCACCUCCAACAAAAUCAAUGGGUAUGAAUGUUCCAAAGAAUUUAUCAAAAGAUAAUUUAUUACUAAAUAAAAACAAAUCUG